AUGGCCGAUCAGCAACACGAGGUCGACCUCGACUCUAUUAUUGACCGACUGCUAGAGGUUCGCGGCAGCCGUCCGGGAAAGCAGGUUCAACUGCUGGAAGGCGAAAUCCGCUUUCUCUGCACCAAGGCUCGGGAGAUUUUCAUCUCUCAGCCCAUUCUACUUGAGCUGGAGGCGCCAAUCAAGAUCUGUGGUGAUAUCCACGGUCAAUAUUACGACCUGCUGCGCCUCUUCGAAUAUGGUGGUUUCCCUCCCGAGGCCAACUACCUGUUCCUGGGCGACUACGUCGACCGUGGCAAGCAGUCGCUUGAAACUAUCUGCCUGCUACUUGCGUACAAGAUCAAGUACCCUGAAAACUUCUUCAUCCUUCGCGGUAACCACGAGUGUGCUUCCAUCAACCGCAUCUACGGCUUCUAUGAUGAGUGCAAGCGCCGUUACAACAUCAAGCUGUGGAAGACCUUUACCGAUUGCUUCAACUGCCUGCCCAUUGCUGCCAUUAUCGACGAGAAGAUUUUCACCAUGCACGGUGGCUUGAGUCCCGAUCUCAACUCCAUGGAGCAGAUACGCCGCGUCAUGCGCCCAACUGAUAUUCCCGAUUGUGGCCUGCUCUGCGAUCUUCUCUGGUCCGAUCCUGACAAGGAUAUCACCGGAUGGAGCGAAAAUGACCGUGGUGUAUCGUUUACAUUUGGCCCGGAUGUUGUGUCGAGGUUUUUGCAAAAGCACGACAUGGACUUGAUCUGCCGUGCUCACCAAGUCGUCGAGGAUGGCUAUGAGUUCUUCUCCAAGCGCCAGCUGGUUACCCUAUUCAGCGCCCCCAACUACUGUGGCGAGUUCGACAACGCAGGCGCCAUGAUGAGCGUGGACGAAAGCUUGCUAUGCUCAUUCCAGAUCCUCAAGCCAGCUGAGAAGAAACAGAAGUACGUUCCAGGCCUAGGAAGCAGAAGAUCCUUUGCUCCACCCGGGAAUAGCAAGAAACCUUGA